GCAUUGUCUGGUUCAUCAAACCAGAAAAGAGCUUCCCCUCUUUUUACAAAAUGCCCUUUAUAUUUUACCCAUUAUGUGUGGUGGGUGACUCAAAUAUUUACAGGUUGUUCUUAUUUCUGGCAGAUCACAUUGUGUUUUAAAUGAAUAUGUUAAGUUCAAUGUUUAAUUUGAUUUUCUUUCUACUUCCAGUUUCCUAGUAUAUUGUGUGAAUGAGUACGGGCGAGGCGGUGCCAUUUCUUUUAGGAUUAACACUGCAUAUAUAAGCCAUGUGGUGGGUUGUUUCUUUCAACUGCUCUCGUGCAGCAUCAGGCAGCAUGACAACCCAGCGAUGGAUUCUGGCAUUCUGCCUUUCACUGGCCUCAGUUUUUGGCACAGUGGAAUUGUUCAAGACCAAAGAAAUUCAGACAUACACUUGCAGGACAUUUGGCAGCGGGAUCGUCCAGCCUUUUAAGGGGGAGAGUUACUAUGUUCGGUCCGACUGCCCGUUCAAACUCACAAGCUUCAACGUCAACCGGGGGGAAUAUUCUGUCACCAUACGGCGAGGUCACAACGGGCUGUUGGUCCAAGUCGAGAUCAUCGUCAACAAAGUCACAACACUUUUGCAGAAUGGCCACAUCCUAGUGCAGAACAACAGUGUUUCACUUCCAUACGACCACACCUACCAGCAUAUCUUUAAAUACGGCAUCUACACUAGACUGAGGAGCUCGCUGCUUCCUUUUACUGUCACCUGGCACAAUGUACAUGGGGGAAUAAACUCUCUGUGGGUGACACUGGAGUCGGAGCUGUGCACCGACAUGUGUGGACUGUGUGGAAAACAAAACGUUGCAGGCCACAGGGACGAGUUGAUCAGAGAAAGCAAGCUUCACGACCACAGAUGUAAAAUCAGAGAUCCUGUGUUGCAAAAAAAUCACAUAUGCCGUCGAUUCUUUUUGAAAACCAAGAACUGUCUGCAAGACAACAAUUCUCACUAUCACCGACUCUGUAAAGAGAACAUUUGUGGCUUUGAAAACAGCCAGAGCAUCUUCUGUCCUUUCUUCCAAGAAGUUGCAAGCCAGUGUAACCAAUCAAGAAUCAACCGAUUUUGGAGACGUUUAACCAGAUGUGCGAAGCCGAGGUGUCCAGGAGACCUGAUUUAUGAGAAAAAAGGUCCAGCAUUUAUUCCCAGCUGCUCCAACCCGAACCCUGCACCCUUCUACCAGGAACUCACUGAAACCUGUGCCUGUCCAAACGGUAAAGUUUUGAAUAAUUGUGAAAAGGGCUAUCGCUGUAUACCUAAAUCCAGCUGCUCCUGUGAGUUCGCUGGCAAGACCUACGGAAACGGAGAAAUACGGAGUUCCAGGUGUCAGUCAUGUACGUGUGAUGGUGGGAAAUGGCGAUGCUCAGAGAACUUUUGCCACAGAAGAUGUGUCAUUGAAGGCCAGUUUGUGACAACAUUCGAUGGAAAACAAUAUGUCCUCCCUAACAAAUGUUUAUAUGUGGCUUCAAAGGGUCCCAACUGGAUAAUAAUAAUAGAGUUUUCACAAAAAAAACUCCACAUUAGAAAGGUUACGGUUCAGCUCAUGGAGGAACUGUUUGUAUUCAAAAAGAACAAGGUUUUGUUUGAUGGACAGGAGAUCCCUGAAUUCCAUUUUUCUGGUCAUGCUCAGGUUUACUGGGUGUCCUCCAUGUUCGUCCAGGUCCACACGACCAUUGGUAUAAACUUCCAAAUUCAGCUCUCCCCUGAAAUCCAUCUGUUCAUUGACGCACCUGACACCUCCAAUGACAAGAUUAAAGGUCUUUGUGGCAAUAGCAACAGUGACACCACAGAUGACUUCACCACCAACAGCGGGAUCAUUGAGAACUCAGCUAAACCAUUUGCUAUGUCCUGGAGUUUGCUUAAUUGUUUCGGGAACAUACCCACCACCUGCACCAACCUUGAGAAUGAGAAUUAUGCUCAUGAAAAGUGUGCAGUGUUAAACCAACCAACUGGGAUAUUUGCUAAGUGCCACCCUCAUAUCCCAACUGAUUACUACUACACGGCUUGCAUCCAAAGAAUAUGUAACUCUGCCGGAAGUCGGAGACAGGGCUUGUGUAUUGGUCUGGCCAGCUACGCCAAAGCCUGCGCCGGUGUUGGUGUUGUAAUUGGUGACUGGAGGAGAAUCACGGGCUGCGAUCUGAAAUGCCAGAAGAACCAAGAAUUCUCCUACAGCAUGCAUAUCUGCAACCGCACAUGCAAUUCUCUGACCGGCCAUGACAUCCGCUGUGAUAUGAACGACGAUGCUGUGGAGGGCUGUGGCUGUCCGGAGGGAACUCACCUGAACCAAGGACAGACCUGUUGCCCAAAGGAAGAGUGUGGUUGUAUUUACUACGGUGGUAUUGCAGCCCCGGGGCCUGUUGUUAUCGCUGGACAAAAGUGCGACUGCAAGAAUGGGGUACUGAACUGCUUGCCGAAUUGUGAUUGCAGAAAUGGGAAGGUGUGUGUCAGUUGCUCUGAGGGCCAACAUAAGAGGGUUCAGAAGACCUGUGACUAUAUUAGCAAACCAAAGGGUACCAGGGAGAACUGUAAGAGUGGCUGUUACUGUCCAGAUCACCAGUAUGAAGAUCACCAUGGGAACUGUGUUUCACUCGAUGAUUGCACCUGUGUGUUCAGUGGCAAAGCAUUCAAAGCUGGACAGCAAGUUACCAGCAACUGUAAAACAUGUACCUGUUAUCGUGGUCAGUGGCACUGCAUUGAGAAGCCUUGCCCGGGACAGUGCCAAGUCUACGGAAAUGGACACUACCAGACCUUUGACUCCAAAUGGUUCCGCUUUUCUGGACAAUGUCUGUACACACUUGUGCAGGAUUCCUGUGACAUGAGAAGAGGCACCUUCUCUAUCAGAGUGGAGAGUGUCCCCUGCUGUGAGGAGGUGCUCACCUGCUCUCGCAACAUCAUCCUUGACCUGAAGGGCCAAGUCACCCUGACGCUGAGAGACAUGCAGGUGAUCAGACGCCUCCAUGAAGGCUGGAAUGGACAGGAUGAUUCACUUUACUCAAUACACACUUUGGGACUUUACAUUGUAAUCUCAGUGCCAAGCAAAGGGAUAACUCUCAUCUGGGACAAACACACCCGGAUCACCGUAGAGCUGGCGGGUUCGUGGAAGAACCGAGUGUGUGGCCUCUGUGGGAAUUUUGACUCCAAUGAGAUGAAUGACCUAAGUAUAAGUGGUUCAUCAGUGUCCAGUCCAAUGGCAUUUGGCAACUGCUGGAAAGUCCAAACACCUCCUUGCUCUGAUGUGACCACUGAUAUAUUUCCAUGUGAACGCAACUCCUACUGCGCAGCCUGGGCCCAGCAGCGCUGUUUGAUCCUUACAGGAGAAACAUUCAGUGAAUGCCACUUAAAAGUGGAUCCAGAUCCCUACUACGAUGCCUGUGUGCAGGAGUCUUGCUCCUGUGAGUCAGACGGGAAAUUCCUCGGCUUCUGCACAGCUGUGGCUGCCUACGCACAGGCCUGCAGCGAGCAGCAUGUGUGUGUGAAUUGGAGGACACCUGAUAUGUGUCCGGUGUACUGUGACUACUACAACAAGCAUGGACAGUCUAUCUGGCACUAUGAAGCCUGUGGUCAGAUGCUGACCUGUGGCAAAGAAAACUAUAUCUCUCACAAGCUGGAAGGCUGCUACCCAAGAUGUACAGAGAAGAAGCCAUACUAUGAUGAAAACACUGGUGGAUGCACCAGUUUAGGAAACUGCACCUGUUACCUUAAUGGCACUAUCGUUCAACCUCAGGCAGUGGUAGUAAUACAGAAUGUUUUAUGCCGCUGUGAAAAUGGAGCCAUGAACUGCGACCCUUCAUCGUCCACCACUCCAACAUCCAGCACUCACACUGCUUCUGAUUCAACAACCAGGGAUGUGACUCGAACACACCAUACUCCCACCGCUUCUGAUUCAACAACCAGGGAUGUGACUCGAACACACCAUACUCCCACCGCUUCUGAUUCAACAACCAGGGAUGUGACUCGAACACACCAUACUCACACCGCUUCUGAUUCAACAACCAGGGAUGUGACUCGAACACACCAUACUCACACCGCUUCUGAUUCAACAACCACCCAUAUGACUCGAACGCACCACACUCACACCUAUACUGUUUCCACAACCAAGGAUUGCCAGUGUUUUGACCCAAAGAAUUAUAAAAUCUGGCACUGCGGUGAGACGUGGACAGAAGAUUGCUUCAAAAAGACCUGUAUAGGUGGGCUGAUAGAGUUGAGUCCAGUGGUUUGCCCAGUGAUGGAAUUUCCGGACUGCCCCAGAGACAAGUUCACAAAAGUCUUGGAUGGAUGCUGUGAAACACUUAAGUGUGACUGUCGUUGUGAGAUAUAUGGGGACUCACACUACACCACUUUCCAAGGUGUUAAGUUUGAUUUCCUGACAGAAUGCACCAACAUCCUGGUGAAGGAGAUAUCAUCACAUCCUAGUUUGUACAUUUCUGUGGAAAACGAAAACUGUGUAGCAGGCAGGCAUCGCUCCUGUGCAAAAAGCAUCACCGUGAAAUAUCAGGGAUCUAAAGCUGUACUGAGUAUCCAUCCAGACUUCUCUGUAGUAAAGGUCACUAUGAACGGCGCGGUCAUACAGCCACCAUUGCAGGUGGCUGGGUUUAGGUUUGAGAGCACAAUGGACACGGUGACAAUCUACAUGCCAGACAUCCGCUCUUAUGUCUCCCUCAGUCAGUCCCAUAACUUGGUGGUCAGUUUGGCUACGGAGUACUUCCAUGGAAAAACCCAGGGACAAUGUGGUGUGUGUGGUGUUGGAUCAUGUAUCCGUAAAGGAGGGAAAAUGGAGGACAACAGCUGCUGUGAUAAGACGGCUUAUAGCUGGGUGAAACGUCACGGGUCCAAACCGGCCUGUGCUCUUUUACCAAGAGAUGUAGAAUGUGUCCAGACGACUGCGGUACCACCUACAACAACCACUUCUCUCCCCUGCCCUUCGAGCGCUCUAUGUGUGGUGCUGGACCACCCAGCCUUUUCAAAAUGCAUCAAGCACUUAAUGCGUAAAAAGAAGAUCUGCGUGUAUGGUUCCUGCGAUAUCGAUCGUUGCUCUAUACUAAAGCGCGCUGCAAAGGAGUGCAUGAAAGCUGGUGUCUGUAUUGACUGGAGAGCACUGACUAAUGGAAAAUGCACUAUGACAUGUCCAAAAGGAUUGGUCUACAGACAAUGUCGUGACAAGCUGGAUGACUUCUGUCUUAAAGGAAUCGUUAAAGAAGGAGCCCCCUUCAAGUGCACCAGAGAAGGCUGUUUUUGUCCCCAUGGUCAAAUCAAGGCAGACCAGGACUCAAACAUCUGUGUGACGAGCUGUCCGUAUUGUAAAGGACCCCUCGGUGAGCCCAAACAGCCUGGUGACGUCUGGGAGUCCGGCUGUCACAUUUGUAAAUGUAACAAAGAGACUGGAAAAGAGGAGUGUCAUCUUAAACCUCUUGAGACAGAACCAAGUUGUGGCCCAGACUCUGUACUGGUAAACAAACCUUGCUGUGGUGAACAGAUUUGUGUUAAGAAGACAUGCAAAUUUGGUAAAAGAACAUACGAGGUGGGAGAAUCUUGGUCAGAUGACUCCAGUCCGUGUCAAUCAUAUCAUUGCACUUUGGAGGGAAUUCAAACUACAACCCGAGAAUGUCCCAGAGUCCAUUGUCAUCCGGCCAGAUUGAUAUGGGACGACCGCAAAUGCUGCAAAACAUGUAACAACACCUGUGCGCCCGUGUUUGGCGAUGUUGAGUUCAGGACUACCGACUGUCACACCAUAUUGCACGUACCUGUCUGUAUGGGCGAAUGUGGUUCUGGCUUGAGCAUCAAGGUAGGCCAUAAACUGAGGGUGCAUGCAGAGAACAAUUGCUGUCAGGAGAAGACCUCGGAGACAAAAACGCUCUCCGCGAUAUGCUACCACCCUAUAACCAACAGAAGAGAGGAAAAAACGUUCACCUACAAGCACAUCACCUCUUGUGAGUGCAGACUGUGUAACACACAACACUGAAAAAAUGUUGUUAGCGCAGCCAUUUUCAUCCCGUUCCCUUCAGAUUUCUAAAUCAAAUCAAAAUAUAUAGGACUCAAAUUGUUUUUAGUGAUUCAUUUUAUUUCUUCUGCAAAGAAAUUUUCUGAUCUGCUUUUAGUCAAAUAAAAGUAAUCAUUGUCUACUCACCAA